ACGGCUGAGCUCUCCCCUUAAACUGGUUGGGUUGGGCCUCGGGAACAGCCUCCCCCAGGCCUAUAGGCUUCCCUGAAUGGGUUGUUAUGGUAACAAAUGACCGAACAGUCCCUUAUGAAUCGACCAAUGAGUGGGGCUGUCUUUUCCACCCCACUUCUGAGCUGUAGGUGUUGCGAAAGCCCGGGUAGGAGCCCGAGAAGAAGGCGGUUGCCCAGACUUUCAGCGCAAGGGCCGGGGGCGGGGUUUGUGACGUCACAGGGCAAGCCAAUCACGCCUGGCUUUAUCAACGGCCCCGCCCUUUUACCGCACAUUUCCCCUCCCCUAGCUCAUUUCGCACGACGCAGCGGUUGGGAACACAGACAUUUUCCGAGCAGGAGUCGCCGCUGCCGCCGCCAUUUUGUGUCUGUGGAGAAAGAAGCUUCUGUGGCGGCUGAAAGUAGACGGAGAUCACCCGUGAGACGGCGGCGUUUCAUACCCGAGGUUCCCCCCGUGUCGUCCCCCAACCCCCCUCCGCGGUCAGCAUGUGGUGAAGCCGGAGCCGCGAGAGACCCGGGGAGAGGAAGAGGAGUCGGAAGGGAGGCGGGGUAUCGAGAGCGGCUUCAGCUUCAGCUGCGGCGGACCUCGGAGGGGGGCCGCGGCGCAAUGUCAGAGCAGACGCCGGCCGAGGCCGGUACUGCGGGGGCCCGGGAGGACGCCUGUCGGGAUUAUCAGUCAUCACUCGAAGACCUGACCUUCAAUAGCAAACCGCACAUCAAUAUGCUGACCAUUCUAGCCGAGGAGAACCUGCCCUUCGCCAAGGAGAUCGUCUCUCUCAUCGAGGCCCAAACCGCCAAGGCUCCCUCCUCAGAGAAGCUUCCUGUUAUGUACCUUAUGGAUUCUAUCGUGAAAAAUGUUGGAAGAGAGUAUCUCACUGCCUUUACUAAAAAUCUAGUUGCAACAUUUAUUUGUGUGUUUGAAAAGGUGGAUGAAAAUACUAGAAAAAGUUUAUUUAAAUUACGUUCCACAUGGGAUGAAAUAUUCCCUUUGAAGAAACUUUAUGCCCUGGAUGUCAGAGUCAAUUCGUUAGAUCCUGCUUGGCCUAUUAAACCUCUGCCCCCCAAUGUGAAUACAUCUAGCAUCCAUGUGAAUCCUAAAUUUUUAAAUAAAUCGCCUGAAGAGCCUUCAACCCCUGGUGGCACAGUGGUCAGUUCCCCUAGCAUCUCCACUCCUCCAAUUGUUCCGGAUAUACAAAAGAAUCUUACCCAAGAACAACUAAUAAGGCAGCAGUUACUGGCAAAACAAAAGCAGUUGUUAGAACUUCAGCAGAAAAAGCUGGAGCUUGAGCUAGAGCAAGCUAAGGCACAACUGGCAGUUUCUCUUAGUGUUCAGCAGGAGACAUCCAACCUAGGUCCUGGAUCUGCACCAUCCAAAUUACAUGUUUCACAAAUUCCCCCUAUGGCAGUUAAAGCUCCCCAUCAGGUUCCUGUGCAAUCUGAGAAAAGUCGUCCAGGUCCAUCCUUACAAAUUCAAGAUAUUAAAGGAACUAACCGGGAUCCCCGUCUUAAUAGGAUGAGUCAACAUUCUUCUCAUGGAAAAGAUCAAAGUCACAGGAAAGAAUUCCUAAUGAACACAUUGAACCAAUCUGAUAUUAAGACAAGUAAAACUGUACCCUCUGAAAAACUAAAUUCAUCCAAGCAAGAAAAAAGUAAAUCAGGUGAAAAAGUUACCAAGAAAGAACUUGACCAAUUAGAUUCUAAAUCCAAAUCUAAAUCUAAAUCACCAUCGCCUUUGAAAAACAAAUUAUCCCACACAAAAGACUUGAAAAAUCAAGAAUCUGAAAGUGGAAGGGUAUCUGAUAUGAGCAAGAGAGAUCCAAGAUUAAAAAAACAUCUUCAGGAUAAGACUGAUAGCAAAGAUGAUGAUAUAAAAGAGAAGAGGAAAACUGUGGAAAAAAAGGAUAAAGAUGAGCACUUGAAAUCAUCUGAACACAGACUGGUAGGAAGUAGAAAUAAAAUCAUAAAUGGCAUUGUACAAAAACAGGAUACAAUAACAGAAGAAUCAGAAAAACAGGGGACAAAACCAGGCAGAUCAAGUACUAGAAAGCGAUCAAGAUCACGAUCACCCAAGUCUCGAUCACCGAUUAUACACUCUCCCAAGAGAAGAGAUAGGCGUUCACCCAAGCGAAGGCAGAGGAGUAUGUCUCCAACCUCAACACCCAAAGCUGGGAAGAUUCGCCAGUCAGGAGUUAAGCAGUCACAUAUGGAAGAGUUCACACCAACUUCCAGGGAAGAAAGAAAUGCGAAGAGAAGCACUAAACAGGAUGUUCGAGAUCCAAGGAGAAUAAAAAAGACUGAAGAGGAACGACCACCAGAAGCUGCAAAUCAACAUUCUACCAAGUCAGGCACUGAACCAAAGGAGAACGUAGAAAAUUGGCCAAGUUCCAAGUCUACCAAAAGAUGGAAAUCUGGUUGGGAAGAAAAUAAAAGUUUACAACAGGGUGAUGAACAUAGUAAAGCUCCUCAUCUAAGGCAUAGGGAGAGCUGGUCAAGCACUAAAGGAAUCUUGUCACCUCGAGCUCCAAAGCAGCAGCUUCGAUUAAGUGUAGAUGCCAAUCUUCAGAUUCCUAAAGAGUUAACUCUUGCAAGCAAGAGAGAAUUACUUCAAAAGACGAGUGAACGUUUAGCCUCUGGUGAAAUUACACAGGAUGAGUUCCUUGUUGUUGUGCAUCAAAUUCGACAGCUAUUUCAGUAUCAAGAAGGUAAACAUAGAUGCAAUGUACGGGAUAGUCCUACAGAAGAAAAUAAAGGUGGAUUAAAAAAGAAACCUCUCUUAACUGAUGCUGAAUUAACCUACUAUGAACAUAAAGCAAAACUGAAAAGGACACAGGUUCAGCAUUCAUUUCCAAGACUUGAUCUCUUAGAUCCUGAUAUUUUUGACUACCCUUUGACUGAUGCCUUGUUGUCUGGAAUAGAAUGUGAGCCAUCCAAAAGUAAACAUGCAAGUAGGAAUAGUGGAGCACAGUUUGACAGAAAAGAACAAUUUAGUGAAAGAGCAAGACGUCUUUCUCCUAUAUCUGGGAGUCGUACUUAUGCUGAGAAUCUUUCACCCCAUGAGGGCCGGAGAAGACAUGACGAACAAGUCUCUGCUAAAGGUGUACGAGAAGAGCAGAGAUCACCAUUCAAUGACCGUUUUCCACUUAAGCGACCUAGAUAUGAAGAUUCAGAUAAACCAUUUGUAGAUAGCCCAGCAUCAAGAUUUGCUGGCCUUGAUACAAAUCAGCGACUUACGGCUUUAGCUGAAGAUAGACCAUUAUAUGAUGGACCUAGUAGGCCAUCAGCAAGAGAUGGCCCAGCCAAGAUGAUUUUUGAAGGACCUAAUAAAUUAAGCCCUAGAAUUGAUGGACCUCCUACACCAGGUUCUCUUCGAUUUGAUGGGUCACCAGGACAGAUGGGGGGAGGUGGCCCUUUGAGAUUUGAAGGACCACAAGGCCAGUUAGGAGGUGGGUGUCCUCUGAGAUUUGAAGGUCCUCCAGGACCAGUAGGGACACCUCUGCGGUUUGAGGGGCCGAUUGGUCAAGCAGGAGGAGGAGGUUUUCGAUUUGAAGGUUCCCCUGGUCUGAGGUUUGAGGGAUCUGCAGGUGGUUUGCGAUUUGAAGGACCAGGGGGCCAGCCUGUGGGUGGUCUCAGGUUUGAGGGACAUCGGGGUCAACCUGUGGGUGGUCUGAGGUAUGAGGGACCUCAUGGUCAGCCUGUGGGUGGACUUAGAUUUGAUAAUCCCCGAGGUCAGCCUGUAGGUGGACUUAGAUUUGAGGGAGGUCAUGGUCCAUCAGGGGCUGCAAUUAGGUUUGAUGGACCUCAUGGUCAGCCAUCAGGUGGGAUCAGAUUUGAAGGCCCAUUGUUACAGCAGGGAGUUGGAAUGAGGUUUGAGGGCCCCCAUGGUCAGUCAGUAGCUGGUAUGAGGUUUGAAGGACAACAUAAUCAGCUUGGUGGGAACCUUAGGUUUGAGGGUCCACAUGGUCAGCCAGGUGUUGGGAUCAGGUUUGAAGGACCUUUAGUCCAGCAAGGAGGUGGAAUGAGGUUUGAGGGUCCUUCUGUACCAGGAGGUGGCCUGAGAAUCGAAGGACCUCUGGGUCAGGGUGGUCCAAGAUUUGAAGGUUGUCAUGCUUUAAGGUUUGAUGGGCAGCCAGGUCAGCCAUCACUCUUGCCAAGAUUUGAUGGAUUACAUGGUCAGCCAGGUCCUAGAUUUGAAAGAACUGGUCAGCCAGGCCCACAGAGAUUUGAUGGACCACCUGGACAACAGGUUCAACCAAGAUUUGAUGGUGUACCUCAAAGAUUUGAUGGUCCACAACACCAGCAAGCAUCAAGGUUUGAUAUUCCUCUUGGUCUUCAGGGCACACGAUUUGACAAUCAUCCUUCACAAAGGCUUGAAUCGGUGUCUUUCAAUCAGACUGGCCCAUAUAAUGAUCCACCUGGCAAUGCUUUUAAUGCUCCAUCCCAAGGACUACAGUUCCAAAGACAUGAACAAAUAUUUGAUUCACCACAAGGACCAAAUUUUAAUGGACCACAUGGCCCUGGAAACCAGAGUUUCUCGAAUCCACUUAACAGAGCUUCUGGACACUAUUUUGAUGAGAAGAAUCUUCAGAGUUCUCAAUUUGGAAACUUUGGAAAUUUACCUGCUCCAAUAACAGUAGGAAAUAUUCAGGCAUCUCAACAAGUUCUGACUGGUGUUGCUCAGCCAGUAGCAUUUGGCCAAGGACAACAAUUUUUGCCAGUUCAUCCACAAAAUCCUGGAGCAUUUGUUCAGAAUCCUUCAGGUGCUCUUCCUAAGGCAUAUCCUGAUAAUCAUCUCAGUCAGGUGGAUGUAAAUGAAUUAUUUUCAAAACUGCUAAAAACAGGAAUUCUCAAAUUGUCGCAGACUGAUUCAGCUACAACACAAGUAAAUGAAGUUGCUACUCAGCCCCCUACUGAGGAGGAGGAAGAUCAAAAUGAAGAUCAAGACGUUCCAGAUCUUACCAAUUUUACAGUUGAAGAAUUGAAACAACGUUAUGAUAGUGUUAUAAAUCGACUGUACACUGGUAUUCAAUGUUACUCUUGUGGAAUGAGGUUUACAACAUCACAGACAGAUGUAUACGCAGAUCACUUGGACUGGCAUUAUCGACAAAAUAGAACUGAAAAAGAUGUAAGCAGAAAAGUCACUCAUAGACGUUGGUACUACAGUUUAACAGACUGGAUAGAAUUUGAGGAAAUAGCUGAUCUGGAAGAACGUGCAAAGAGCCAGUUUUUUGAAAAGGUGCACGAAGAAGUCGUGCUCAAAACUCAGGAGGCUGCUAAAGAAAAGGAGUUCCAAAGUGUACCUGCUGGACCAGCAGGAGCAGUUGAGAGUUGUGAAAUUUGUCAAGAACAAUUUGAACAGUACUGGGAUGAAGAAGAGGAGGAAUGGCAUUUAAAAAAUGCUAUUAGAGUAGAUGGAAAGAUUUAUCAUCCAUCAUGUUAUGAAGAUUAUCAAAAUACAUCUUCAUUUGAUUGUACACCAUCUCCUAGCAAGACACCAGUUGAAAAUCCCUUGAACAUUAUGUUGAACAUUGUCAAAAACGAAUUGCAGGAACCCUGUGAAAGUCCCAAAGUUAAGGAAGAACGAAUUGAUACUCCACCAGCUUGUACAGAGGAAAGCAUAGCAACAGCCACUGAAAUUAAAACAGAAAAUGAUACAGUCGAGUCAGUUUAAAUAAAAUGAGAAAGGUAUGUUUUUCUUUUUUAAAAGAAAAAAAAAAAGCUGCUGUUGAAUCUAGAAGGUAAAGAAUUUUUUAUGUAUAUAUAGACAUAUCUAUAUAAAUUGUCUAGCUGAGGCAGGGCCUUCAGCUAUCAUUUGGUUAAUAAAUACAUUUUAGUAUUUGCAUUUCCUACUGCCUGCACAGUUUCAGGUGCUUGUCGUGUGAAAGUUCUGUAGAUGUGUGCAAAUUUAACAAAAUGAAAUUGUAUGUGUAAAAAUGUACGAUUUUCACUUGUGAAACUGUAAAUUAUAAAUAAAAAAUAUUUUUGCUAUCCAUGGAGUGUAAUAUUUAUGCACACCAUCAAAUAAAGACAGUGUUUCUGUACUUUUUAUUGGGUGAAGAUGGAAUUAAACAGCAACCUCAACAUAAGAUUUUUUUCUAGCAGCUUCCCAUGAUUAAAGAAGCAAAGUCUGAGUUAGUUUUAUCUUCAAAAGGGGGUUGUGAGAGAGCACUGCAGGACUUUUCUCAAAUUGAAAAGCCAGAUUUGAAAAAAAUUUUUUAAUGAAAUAGGACACAUUUGCAUAUAUAUAUCUAUAUAUAUCUCUCCAACUAUAGAGAACCAUCCAGAUGUCCAUUUUUGAAAAGUAUCUAAUGAAGCAACUUUUAUUCUUGAACUUGGGACACUGAUGCCAUCAAACAAUUAACAAAUAUAUUUAAGUACUAAAGGUGAUUUUUUUUUAAUGACAUUUUUCAAAUUUGUCAAAUGACUUAAUGCAGAUGAACAUAUUUCUAUUUUAAGUUACAGGGGAGGGAAUCUGUAAGAAUGUUAAUUUGAAACAUGGUUAACCUUUUUUCCUUUGUUGGUUUUGACUGAAUUAGAUGGAUGCCAUGAGAUGUUAAUAUUCAUACAUGUAAUAAAUAGAAUGAUGAAGAAACUCCAGUUUUGUAUCUCUUUAUUUCUUGAGUGCCUUUAGAAAGUGACUUCUUUUUUCUAUGUCUUUCAUCACUCUGUUCUUUAAAACAUGAAUGAGGCACCUGCUAUGAGCCAGGCACUCUGAGAUGCAAGAUUAAUCUU